UCGAGUCUUGUUCUGCGUCCGCCGAUCUUCUCUCUUCGAUUUCUCUCUCAAAUCUCUGUAAAAUCUCAUCUUUCUCCUCCGGCUCAGGCCAAAUAGUAUAAGCAAAAUCCCCAACUCUUUGUGUCUUCGGGAACCCAUCAAAAUCAGCAGCAGUAAAAGGGAAGGAUGGUUUUGACAGAAGAAGAAAUCACGAGGCUGUAUAGGGUUCGAAAGACAUUGAUGCAAAUGCUGAAAGAUCGGGACUAUCUAAUUGUUGAUCAUGAUCUCAACAUGACAAUGUCGCAGUUUAAGAACAAAUAUGGAGAGAACAUGAAAAGGGAGGACCUUACUAUCAAUAGAAGGAAGAGAGGUGACGAGUCUGAUCAGAUUUAUGUGUUUUUCCCUGACGAACCAAAAGUUGGGGUCAAGACAAUGAAGAGUUACAUUCAACGCAUGAAUCAGGAGAAUGUGAUUAGAGCAAUCUUAGUUGCUCAACAAAAUCUGACUCCUUUUGCAAAGACCUCCAUUAGUGAGAUGGGUUCAAAGUACCACUUGGAGAUUUUCCAGGAGGCAGAAUUGUUGGUGAAUAUUAAAGAGCAUGUUCUAGUUCCUGAGCAUCGGGUUCUUACAAAUGAGGAAAAGAAGACUUUGCUGGAGAGGUACACUGUGAAAGAAACACAGCUUCCUCGUAUUCAGCUGAUUGAUCCAAUUGCAAGAUAUUACGGGCUUAAGCGUGGACAAGUUGUGAAGAUAAUCCGGCCAAGUGAGACUGCAGGACGAUAUGUCACCUACCGUUACGUUAUCUAAGUACUUUUAUUGUAAGCUGAAACCUGGAUUGCAUUAGUCUUACUUAUAAUUGUCGUAAUGGAAGGUUAGGUCAGAAGUGAACAUUGCAGUUGGGAUUUUGGGCAUAUGUGAUGAUGUUUUCAACUCAGUCUGUGUAUUCCUCCGUAGUGCCUGUAAUGUGAGCUUGUGUAAUGCCGAACUCCAAUGAUCUAUAAUGCUGUUGUUCUUGUAGUUGUUAAA